AAACCCGUCCUUUUUGGUUGUGCUUGUGAAUUGCUUGUGGAAUCAAGAUGGAGCCGGUACCUGAAGACACUGAAGCGGUGACACAGGAAGACAGUAUGCCCAGGAGUUUGAGCAGGUCAGUCAGCAGGACCAAGAUACGAGAACAAGCUAAUCUGGUGGGAAGAAGUGUCAGCAGCCAGGCUAGCAAGAGUGCCAGGAGUCUCCGAGCUCCAGUUAGUGCUGUUAGUCGUGCUGGUAGGAGGGUCAGCAGGGCGGCUAGGAGCCACUUUCGCAAGCCGGAACGGAGGAAUGGUUACUACAUAACAGACACAUUCUGCCGGAGAGAGUGCAACAAAUUCGUUUCUAAUUCCGCCACUGAAGAAAAUACUUGCAAAUGCGGUUUCCUGGACGACGAGCACUCGGAAGCGGCUCUGAGCUACAGACAUAUCCACACAGCAGACUGGGACCCAGCUGUGGACACUGUUACACUUCCAACCAACGCCUACGGAGAGAUUGACUUCCUUCAUGCUGACAAUGACGUUCUGCCUCUGUACCUGCGGUGUGACAUGGAAGUAGAUGUUGUUGAACUGGGUAACCUCUUGUUAGAUAAGUGGGCUAUGCCUCUUCCUAACCUUCUCAUAUCUGUCUUCGGUGGACACUCCAAGUUUGACUCUAAGAAAAUGAAUUAUUUAGCGGCUGAGUCAGACAUCAAGGAAGGUCUAGUUAAAGCUGCCAGGGACACCAAAGGGUGGUUAUUCACCAGCGGAGUCAACCAUGGAGUAAGUAACUUGGUGGGGGACGCUGUAGCAAUGAAGAGAUCCUUUGUAAACGCUAUUCCUGUAAUCGGAGUCAACUCGUGGGGUGCUGUUGCAAACAGUAAUGACCUUAUUGACGCGAAAGAACAGGGUCUGUUCCCAGCAAAGUACAUCGCACUCCGUCAGAAUGAGCUGGAGCGGAACCCGGAGACCAACAAACCAAAGUCCAUGUCCCUGGAACACGAACACACUCACUUCUUACUCGUAGAUUUCGGGACUAAGAACAAUUUUCACGAAACUGAUGUUCGUAAGUUUAGGAUUAAAUUGCAACAGUACCUUGUUCAACGGACUCAAGCUCAACUCGUUUCCGUCCUGAUCGAAGGAGGAAGUGGUUCACUGGAGGAGGCUCUGAUCAGGGUCAAAACGGGGCUCCCCGUCGUGGUUCUAGGAGACUCUGGUAGGAUUUCUAACGUCCUUUCUCUGGCUGUCGACUUGGCUAAGGAUGAGAACGUCUGUGAUGGACUGGGGAUGAGAACAGAGAGAAGGAUCCAAAGCGAAGACGACAGGAUGAAGGUUAGAUCAGCUCUGACAGCAGCACUGCCCAGACUAGAAGAGAGCAAGUACGAUGAGUUCAUGGGAAUCAUUGAGGAGGUCAUCCUACACGAGGAUUUGGUAACCAUAUGGAAGUGCGGAAAAGGAACCGCACUUGACACCACAAUCCUACAAGGUCUUAUUAAAAGUAUCGCAAACCACAAAAAUUCUGGUGAACCUGAAGAAGAGCCUGAUAAUAGCGCGGAAGGACAAGCUCAGCGGGAACAAACUCAGCGGACACGAGCUAAAGAACUUAUGAAAAGACAACUUGAACUAGCUAUACAGUGGGAUCGUUUAGAUAUUGCUACAGAGUUUAUUUUUGAGAACAAGUCAAACAAUAUGGAUCUACAUCUUACGGAAAGCGAGCUGAACGAGAUGUUAAACCUCGCCAUCAAGCACAAGCAGAUCCGCUUUAUCCGCAACAUAAUAGAACGUAAUGCCAACAUCAGCUCCUUCCUGACAGUGGACAGAUUUGAAACUAUUCUCCGGGAAAACACGCCCACUAAUUCCUUGUUCUACGAGCUGAUGAAGAAAAAGUGCCCCAGCGUGGAGCACUGGACGUUUGAACACUUCGAAAUGGUGAUUCAUGACAUAAGUGAAGGAGUAUUCAGGGUUCCCGGUAGGACCCGUGCACCGGAGCACCAGGUAGACCCUUCUGAUAACGGAUUCAGUCUACAAAGCAUCAAAAUCUGCGGUAAUAGUAAAAGGAAUGGGGGAGCUGCGAACUAUGCGCACGUAGACAACAUGACUGGAGACGGUCGGAAGUCUAAGUUUGAUUUUAUGGAUCCGGGCAGUCUGCUGACUGUUUACAUGGUCCUGAUCCACGAGCAGGAACUUGCCAAGGUCAUCUGGGAGUACUCCUCCACGCCCCUCUUUUUAGGCCUCGUCUGCACCUGUAUCAACAACUGGUUGAGUGCUCAGCAAAAAGAGACCCUCCUCAUAUCCGAUGCUAUGGGCCAGCAGCUUGAGGAGUACGGAAACGAGUUCGAGGAGAUAUCUGAGAAGGUUCUGGAAGAGGUUGCGGAAUAUCAGACCGAGCACGUCAUCGCUUUGAUUAACUUCAAGUUUGUGAGUUGGGGUGGCAGAACUAUUCUGGAGAUGGCUGACUACGUGAACGCCGUCAAUAUCAUCGCUCACCCGACCAUUCAGGAUUACAUUGAUAUUGAAUGGAACGGAUGGCUGGAUAGUGACAUGUCCACGCUCAGGAUGAUUGUGUCCAUAUUAUGUCCUCUUUUAGCUUCUUUCCGAGAUGUUACUCCGUUUGACAAGUGGAAGCAGAAAAACCUCCAGAGCAAGAAGCAGAAAGUGAGGGAUAGUCGAGAGGCGUUCAUUGAUCGGGGAAUCGGCCAGGACGAUUCUGAGGCUUGUGAGAAACUGGGUAUCCUGACAAAGUGUCGGUAUUUCUACAAGGCACCCAUCACCAAGUUUACCAUUUAUUCCAUUGUUAAUGGAUUCUUCUUGAUGUCCUAUGUUUUCGCGCUGCUUUUAGCAGAUCGGCAAUCGACUAGUGCCGAAAAUUGUGGUGGUUUUCGCUCGAUUUUCAAUUGCAAGCUCACCAUGGCUCAGCAGUUUGUUUACAUAUGGGUUCUGUGUUUGGUGCCCCUGGAAAUGAGGCAGAUCUACUUUUCCUACCCCACCACACUAUGGGGGAAGCUGAAGAUGUAUUGGGGAAAUAUUUACAACAAGAACGACAUUGUUUGCAUCAUCCUUAUUUUGCUGGCACUGUACUUUAGAAUGAAAGGAGAUAGCGAUACGAUAACUUGGGAUGGAAACCAUUUCAGACUGCUGUUUUCGUUAGCCUUUAUAAUGUACUGUUUGAAACUGUGUCAGGCUCUGCAAAUCAGCGAGCAGCUGGGUCCUAAGGUGAUGAUGAUGCAGAGGAUGUUGAUCGAUCUCCAGUUCUUCAUAUUCCUUGUUGUCAUCUUCGUCAUUGGAUACGGUGUCAGCACCGCUUCUAUCAUGACCCCACAGAAAUUCCCUAAACUGGAAAGAAAAUUGAUGUUUGACAUCUUCUGGAGGCCCUACACUAACUUGUUCGGUGAGAUAGGCGAGGAGACAAUUGACGAAGUCAUGAACUAUGAAUACUGCCAGUACUUCAAAGCAGGAACCGAGGAUAAUGGUCAAUGCUCCGACUACUCUUGUGACGACGAAGAGAAUACCAUGUGUGUUUUCAACAUUUACAUAGUAAAGAUAAUGCUCGGUCUCUACAUGAUGUUGGCUGCUGUCCUCAUGUUGAACUUGCUGGUGGCUGUGUUUUCAAGCACAUACGAGGAGAUUCAAGAGAAUUCUAAGACGCUCUGGAAGCGCCAGAAGUUUGAUCUGAUGGUUGAGUACCGGAGUAGAUCACCUCUACCCGUUCCUUUCAGUACCAUACUGCAUUGCUGCAGGUUCAUAAAGUUGGUAAUCAAGAACACAUGUGGACGGUUGAGUGGUUGCUGUGCAGAUGACCCCUCUGAUAUCCCCACUGUAGACGUCCACCAGAGACUCACUAUCACCCUCCUCGAGAUCGAGUGUAGAAGAAACUACCUUGAAAAACUUAAAGUCUUGACGGACCAAGAAGUCUUGCAAGCGGAGAUGUCAAACUUGUCAGGUGAAGUUGAAACCAUUGAGAAACGUUUGGGAGACUUCGAGAGCAAGAUACAGCAGGUGAUUGAUGUGGCGACAAUACAUCGACACAAGAACCGUAGCAGCAGCAGUAGCGAUGAAGAUGAGGUAGAUCACGACGGACCGAAGCUGGCUGUGGAAGAUAUGAUCCCAGAAGAUAUAACAGUUGAAGCGGGCGUUGUCGCUCCAGAUAUGGCCGGACUUCCUGGCGGCAAGAAGAGGAAUCCCUGA